UCAAAUUUUAUUCAUAAAAAAAUUUGUUUAAUUUAUUCGGUCGAUUUUUUUUUUGUUUCUUUUAAAAUUUUUUUUUCCAUAAAGCAUAAAUCAUCGUCGAAUCUGUUUCAUAUAUGCCAUCCGAUCAGGAACAACAACCACCACAACAACAACCACAGCAACAGCAACAACAACAGCAACAGCAGCAAAAAUCAACACCCGAUGACAACGAUAAUGGCAAUGUUGAACCAACAUUGUCAGUCAGUAAAAGUCUUACAAGUAUUGGUUUUGCUGCAACCGAUCGUGAUAUUGAAGAUGAUCGUAUUAUAACUAAUAUUGAUUAUAAUAUUAUUAAACCAAACGAAUCAAAUUUAUUACCACCGGUAUCAAUAAAUACACAAGAAUUAGAUGAACAACAAACAUUAUCGGCAAAUAAUAUUGUUUGUCAUUGUGAAAAUCAUGAUAUACCAAAAGAUAUUCUUUGUAUUAUAUUAAUUUGUCCACAACAUCAGACAAUUGCCUUACAACAGAUUAUCGAUUAUUAUUAUUUUCCAUCAACACCAUUAAAUCAACCGAAUCAAUCACUUGCUGAAACAAUAUCAUCAUUAUUCGAUAUUGUUAUUGUUAAAAAUAAUACUAAUAAUGAACAAAACAAACGAAUAAUUCAAGUAAAUUUAUUACAAAUGCAACGAAUAAAAAUACCAAAAUUACGUCGAUACAUUAAAAAAUGGAUUUUUUAUUCACAAAUAAUUGAUACGCCAAAAAAUUGUAUUUGUAAUUUGAGCAAUAAUGAUUCAUCAAAUAAUGAUGAAAUAACAUGGAUGCCAAUCACUAAAUUACCAACAAUUUUUACAAAUGUUUGGGGUGGUGAAAUUAUUCAAUUUUUUAAUAAUGAUAAUAAUUUUUGGCGACAAAAUUUUUUAGAAGUUAAUUAUGAAGAAAUUAUUGAAGUAGAAUUGAACAAAAUUAAACAAGAAUUACCAGCAAAUAUUUGUCCAGCUAAUUUAUCGAUUGCGGCUGAAUAUUUAUUCAAUGAAUUUUAUGUUCAAUGUCAUCCAUCAAGUUUAAUGAGUUUACCAUCAUUUCAAUUAUUUUGCGAUAAACUUGAAUGGUUUAUGGGUGUUUGGUAUAAAGAAAGUAGAAUAAAAAUUUUUAGACAUUUUGAUCGACAAAAUAAAGGUUAUCUUGAUUAUUGUGAUCUAUUGAAUGGUUUGGCAAUACUUAACUUUAAAACAUAUGAAAAUCCAUUAAUAGAUUUUCCAUUUUUUGAAGAAAUUUUUAAAAAAUUUAACUGUCGUAAUAUGGCAACAACUGUUCGACAAAAAUUAGUGGACAAUACAAUUUAUUUUGGUAGAUGUGAAACCUGUUUAACCAAUAUGGUAAAUGCUGAAUUUAUCAAAUAUGAAAUUUCAUCAUUAUUGGUUUAUAUAGCUAAAACUGGUGAAAUAUUAAAAGUAUUUAAAUUAAAACCAAAUUAUGCUCAAUGUGAAUCGGUAAUGACAUUUUGUGAUGAUAUACAAAAUCGAAAUAUUUUUUAUUUAGCUAAUGAAUUUAUUAGCCGUAUUGGUAAAAUACAAUUUUGUAAAAAUCAAUCCGAAUCAAAUUUGGAAUCAAUUGAAAAUUAUUAUUUUGAAAACAAAUCAAUAAUGUUACAUUAUUUACGAAUGAUUUUAGAAUUUGCUAAACGUUUAUUUGAAAAUGAAUCACCAAUUUUGGAAUUACAUUCACCUGCAUAUAUUUUUGGAUAUUUAAAUGGUUCGGUAGAAGAUUUAUUAAUGUUUAGUCAGAAUACUUUUAAAACAUUUCCAUUCAUUGUACCUGGUUCAUUAUUAUUUAUGGGAAAUUUUUUAAAAGAUCUUGAAAAUAUUGAUUGUCUUAUCUAUUUAUUAUGUAUGAAAAUAUUAGUACCAACAAAAGUAUUUUUAAUAAUUGGUCAUAAUGAAAUAAAAUUUAGUCAAUUACCUGAAGAUGAAGAUAUUAUUAGAAAUAUUAUUAAACAAAUUUAUGGCCUAUUACCAAUUGCAUGUAUAAUUGAUGAACAAUUAAUUGUAACAAAUUUUUCAUUACCAUCAAUUUCUAUAACAAAAUUAAAAAUCAUUGCAAAUUGGUCACGAUCAAUGAUACCGUUUAAUAAUAUUGGUAAAAUUUAUUAUAAAUAUGAUUUUAUUGAAAAUACACGUCAUUUUCUAUAUUAUCAACAAUAUAGAAUAUUUAAUCGAAAAUAUUCAACUGUUUAUGAAGAUUUAAUUGAUGAAUUAAUUGCACAAUCAAUGAUGAUGAACGAUAAUAAUAAUAAAGAUAGUAAUCCGAAUAGAUUAUUCGAUAAUAUUCAGCAACAACAGUUAACUAGUCAACAACAACAACAUCCUAAAAUGCUUAAAUUUAUUGAACUAAAUCAUUUAUUUUUAUCAAUACAUUCAAAUUCAAUGGCAAAAGAAAAAGAUUUGAAUGAAAAUGAAGGAUUUGAUUUUCCAACUAAUAAUACAUAUGAUUUAACAACAAUUAUUUCAACAAGAAAAUUAACAAACGAACCAACAUGUAUAUUUCUUGAUCGAAAUAUUUUACGUUUCAUUUGUAUGGAUUGAACAAAAACUAAACGAACGAUCGAAAAAAUCAUUUAAUAAAUUUCUCUAUAUAUAUCAUCAAUAGUCUUCAAUAGAUGGUGACAGAAAAAAAUAAAGAAGAAAAAUUCAAAAAAACUAAACUUGUUUCUAAUAAGCGCACCUUGCUUAGUGAGAAUAUAGGUGAAUAUCGAAAAGAAAAUUCGAUCAAAGAGAGUCCUCAUUUUUGUUGUUGUUGUUGAUACUCUGUUCUUGAAAAUGAAAAUGAA